CUGUCGCGUUUGUUGAUGCUGCUCAGAUAUUUUCAUAGUUCCUUCCUGUUGCAGAGCUGCAGCUAUUCUGAGCUGGGCGGUUUCUGAUCUGAAGGCUUCUGUACAGUUUCUUCUGAAUGUCUAAAUACAAACUCUUCCUUCUCCGACACGGGGAGGGGGCCUGGAACAAGGAGAACCGCUUCUGCAGUUGGGUUGACCAGAAACUGAGCGUGAAUGGGGUGGUGGAAGCCCAAGAAUGCGGCAGGCUCCUGAAAGAGCAGGGCUACCAGUUCGACCAGGUUUUUACCUCCAUACUGAGCCGCUCCAUCCAGACGGCCUGGUUGGUGCUGGAGGCCAUGGGACUAGAGUGGGUCCCAGUCACCAAAUCCUGGAGGUUAAACGAGCGGCAUUACGGUGCCCUGAUCGGCCUCAAUCGGGCCGAGAUGGCAUUGAACCAUGGUGAGGAACGGGUUAAAUUGUGGAGGCGGAGCUAUGACAUCACACCGCCCCCCAUUGAUGAGUCACAUCCCUAUUAUGCUGAAAUUUACAAUGACCGCCGAUACAGUACGUGCGAUGUUCCGAAAGAGGAACUGCCCAAAACAGAAAGUCUAAAGGAAGUGUUGGACCGACUUCUUCCGUACUGGAAUGAUGUCAUUGUACCGGUGAUCAAGAGUGGCCAAAACGUCCUCGUCUCUGCACAUGGCAACAGCUGCAGGGCUUUGCUUAAACAUUUGGAAGAUAUAUCAGAAGCGGACAUUGUGAAUGUAACGCUGCCCACAGGAGUACCAGUCUUGCUGGAGCUGGAUGAAGAUCUUCGACCGGUCAAGCCCCGUCAGCUUCUGGGCGACCAGGCCAAAAUUCAGGCGGCCAUCAGAAAGGUGGAGGAUCAGGGGAAGGCUAAUGCACAAAAUAAAUAAGGAUUUCAUUGUCAUUCAGAUAGGAACCGUUCAAACAGAAAGAUUAUAAGUCACUUAGUAACUUCGGUCAUGAAGCUCCUGGUAAAGAUAGUGUGGGCACAUACUGUAGGAUGUGUCUGAGGUAGACUGGUUUAGUGGGGUUUUAGGAAUCACAAAGAGAUAUAUAAGUCAAUAUUUUGAAUUCAAGCACUGGUUACUGAUCCAAAUUGUCAUAGCAAGAGGUCUGUUGACCAAAUUAUAAUAAUGAAACAGAUAUUGAUAUAAUAUUAUUUAAAAUUAUCGUUUAAUAAUGUAUUGUUAUUUUUUUAUUUUAUUAUUAUUAUUAUUAUUAUUAUUAUUAUUAUUAGCUCUUGCUUAGUUUUCCAAUGGAUUUGUGGCCACGGAAAACCAGUGGUGCCUUCCUUUGGGCAACAGGGAAUAGGAUCCAUCAGUUGUGUUCUAAUAGAAUUUCGUAUUAAAGGUCAAGCAUAUGCUUUUAAACAGUUCUGUACUACAAAACAAAAGUUUAGGGUCAGUAAAAAGUCACUUAAGCUCACAGAGGUUGCAUUUAUUUGAUCAAAAAUAAAGUAAUAAUCUUUUAAUAUAUCUUAAACCAUAAUUGAAUUGUCAGAUGAUUGAGAAAGCAUUCUAAUAAUCUGGAUGUUACUUAAAGAACAUUUAUUAUCAAUGUUGAAAGCAGUUGUACUGCUUAACAUUUUUGCGAAAACCAUGAUGUAUUUUUUGUUCUUUGAUGAAAAGAAUGUUUAAAAGAACAGCAUUUAUUUGAAGUAGAGUUUUUCUAACAAUGUUUACUGUCACUUUUAAUCAAUUUAAUGCAAUCUUGCAUAAAAAAAAAACCUUGAACUUCUAAUCUGUAGAUAGAUUAACCCAUGGAAUGGAUGGAAUCAUUCUUAAAAUUAAUUAAUAAAUAAUAAUAAAAACAAGCAUAUUAUCCACACCACUGUCUGGACUUCCAAGUCACAUAUUAAAUCUAAUCUCAUAGAAUUCAUAUUUAUAUCUCACAAAUCAGGUUUAUUAAGCUUUACUAUUUAAAAUUCAAAUUAGAGACUUCAUUAGAUGUCUGAAGGAUAAUUAUAAAUUAUGUCAAAUAUUUAGUGUUACAUAGCACUGUUAGCAUACUUUAGGCAGUAUUUUAUUUAAAUUAUUUAAAGGGACAUUUUGUUUUUAUCUAAAAUAUUUAUUAACAGCGAUAUUAUGUGUUAAGACUAAGUUACGAGUUUAUCAUGCACUGCCAAACCCAUCCCACUCUAGCUCUUUUGUAUCUCAUUGUUUUCUCCAUCAACGUAAAAGUCUUCCUGGUGAGUCAAAUCUAGACAUAGUUGUGGUUAAGAAUGACUGUGCACUGUAAUACCUCUGUUUGUUUUUGUGUAUUUAAUGUUGCUCAACACUGUACUGUAUCUGUAGAGAAAUGUUAUAUGUGUGUUGUUUCUGUUAUAAUGGCCAUUGUGGCUCCCACUGUUACACGUCUACAUGUUUGACCCCUGUUAUGGCACAUUAUAGCUCACCUAAUGUGGUUUUACUUUCUUUUUCACCACCCAGAAGCACUGGUCUGAUGGGUUUAGCACAUCCCUGAAGCAUUUUCCUGAGAGAAUAAUAUAUAAAAAUAAAGAUUACAGCUAUAAAAGUG